GUCCGGCCUCGCCAGGAAACCCAACACCGGCACCGGGGGGACAAAGGCUGCGCUGUCCCCUCCUGCGGCGCGGCUAUAAAACCUCCCCAAACCUCCCCAAACCUCCCCAAACCUCCCCAAACCUCCCCAAACCUCCCCAGACCUCCGGGGGUCGCAGCGAGGGCGUGUCCGGUGCCAUGGCCACGGGCGAGGCGGGCGAGGCGGGCGAGCUGGGCGAGCUGACGGAGCUGGAGGUGGCCAUCGAGCGCAUCGUCACCGUGUUCGCCACCUUCGCGGCCAAGGAGGGCAGGAAGGGCUCGCUGACCGCGGGCGAGUUCAAGGAGCUGGUGCGGCUGCAGCUGCCCAACCUGAUGAAGGAUGUGCCCUCGCUGGAGGAGAAGAUGAGCGAGCUGGACGUGAACAACGACGAGGAGCUGAGAUUCGGGGAGUACUGGCGGCUGAUCGGGGAGCUGGCCCGGGCCAUGCGCAGGGAGAGAGCGGCCAAAAAGUGAAAUCCGGAGGCUCAAACCCCAAUAAACGAGGUUUUCCUGAGCCUGAA